UGCGGUAGUUCUCUGCCCAUCACCCGAUGCCGUGGGCAGGCGCAGCCGGGACUACAGCCCCCGGCAGGCAGCGCGCCCGCAGCCCGGCUGGUGCAAUCACACCUUAGCACGCCCUGGGGCCGGGGCCAGCGCCGGCUGGGAAAAGGAUGGGUUUGCCCGGGACUCUUCCAGAGCACUAGCGGGGCCACUUCUGUCGGGGCAGGGGGCUGCAGCGCUAUUCGGAUGCAAUGGUGGUUUCUAUUUCUAUUUCUGCUCCUGUGGUGGCAUCGCAACACUGCAAGAUCGGUUGUAUCCAUUGCAGUUAAGUUUGCGGGAUCUGGACAUGAGAGGAUCGAGCGUGUACGUGUAACUGUGCCAGCUCUUCGGCAUUUCUCCUGACCGCACCUCCUGCUUGCGUGCAUCUGACUAGCGCCCGGUUCCGACUACAAAAUACACCGAUCCCCAGCACUUGUAUCCUCCAUCUGCUUUUGGGAACUACGCGAACGACCAUGCAUCGGUUUGUCUUGGUUGCCAGGCAAGCUGCGGCACGGCUGUGCGGCCGCGGGCCGGGGGGCUGCCGGGGCGGAAGGACGGACAUGGCUCUGCGCUGCGCCGCUUCGCUGGCGGCCGGGCGGCAGCCGCGGGGACCCCGGCGGGAGGGGACGGUGCGCUGGAGCAGCGCUGCCAAGGCCUCCGCCGUGAAGAUCAACGAGAAGGCGAGCAGGGAGAAGAUCCUGACGCUGGAGUCCAUGAACCCGCAAGUGAAGGCGGUGGAAUACGCGGUGCGCGGCCCCAUCGUUCUGAAAGCCGGGGAGAUCGAGAAGGAGCUGCGGAAGGGAAUCAAAAAACCUUUUACUGAAGUGAUUAAAGCCAACAUUGGAGACGCCCAUGCAAUGGGACAGAGACCAAUCACCUUCCUUCGUCAGGUAGUGGCCCUGUGUACAUACCCAAACCUGUUGGACAGCCCGAGCUUUCCGGAAGACGCCAAAAAGCGCGCCAGGCGGAUCUUGCAGGGCUGUGGAGGAAACAGCUUAGGAUCCUACACUGCCAGUCAAGGUAUAAAUUGCAUUCGUGAAGAUGUGGCUUCAUAUAUUGAAAGAAGAGAUGGAGGGGUUCCUGCAGAUCCAGAUAACAUUUACCUCACCACUGGGGCAAGCGAUGGCAUUUCUGCAAUUUUAAAGAUCCUGAUCUCAGGAGGUGGCAAAUCCCGAACAGGAGUGAUGAUUCCUAUACCCCAGUAUCCCUUAUACUCAGCAGCCAUCUCUGAACUGGAUGCUAUCCAGGUGAACUACUAUUUGGAUGAAGAAAAUUGCUGGGCUCUAAAUGUGAACGAACUUCGCCGUGCCUUGAAUGAAGCGAAGGCAUAUUGCAAUCCAAAAGUCCUCUGCAUCAUCAACCCUGGAAAUCCCACAGGACAGGUACAAAACAGAAAGUGCAUUGAAGAUGUGAUACACUUUGCUUGGGAAGAAAAACUUUUUCUUCUGGCUGAUGAGGUUUACCAGGACAAUGUGUACUCUGAAGGAUGCCAGUUUCAUUCUUUCAAAAAGAUUCUGUAUGAGAUGGGACCCGAGUACUAUAACAAUGUUGAGCUGGCCUCUUUUCACUCCACCUCUAAGGGAUACAUGGGCGAAUGUGGCUACAGAGGAGGUUACAUGGAGGUCAUAAACUUGCACCCAGAAAUCAAAGGACAGCUCGUUAAGCUGCUUUCGGUUCGCCUUUGUCCUCCAGUCUCAGGACAAGCAGCCAUGGAUAUUGUGGUGAAUCCUCCAGUACCUGGAGAAGAAUCUUAUGCACAGUUCAUAAAGGAGAAGGAAUCUGUUUUGAACAAUCUUGCCAAAAAAGCCAAACUAACAGAAGACAUGUUUAACAAGAUCCCAGGAGUUCACUGCAACCCCCUUCAAGGAGCUAUGUACGCUUUCCCUCGGAUCUUUAUUCCUUCCAAAGCCAUUGAGGAAGCAAAGGCUCAUAAAAUGGCACCUGAUAUGUUCUAUUGCAUGAAACUUCUGGAAGAGACUGGAAUAUGUGUUGUACCUGGAAGUGGAUUUGGCCAGAGAGAAGGAACCUACCAUUUCAGAAUGACCAUUCUUCCUCCAGUAGAGAAGCUGAAGAUCCUACUGGAAAAAGUGAAAGACUUCCACAUAAAGUUUCUUGAAAAAUAUGCAUGAAACUACUGUGGCUUUUCCCCCCUCAUCCCCUCUCCUUCAAGGCAAAUGCAGACAAUGAACAAUGAUGUGCUGAGAAUGUGCUGUUUAUCUAAUUUAACUAAAUUCAAAAUAGAUAGAACCAGACUCAGAUACUGCUAUAACUUAUUGGACUAUUAAAGUUAUGUCUGGUGUAGAAGA